AUGAAUUCUGAAAAUGAGAAAGACACCUUAAGACCUAGUAGUGUCGCUGUUGUAGGUGGAGGACUUGUCGGUACUCUUGCAGCAAUUUACUUUGCAAAACGUGGUUGGUCAGUCAGUUUAUUUGAACUUCGUAAAGAUGUUAGGAUUCCAGAGAAUAAAAAUAAUGUUAUAAACAAAUCAAUCAAUUUAGCACUUUCAACAAGAGGAUUAAGUGCAUUGGCUGAAGUUGGAUCAGAUUUUGUGAAAAAGGUUUUGGAUAGUGGACUUCCGAUGAAAGGUAGAAUGAUUCAUGUAGAUGGUAAUGGUAAUAACACUAAACUUGUUAGUAACAUAUAUGAUGUUGUUUAUAAGAGAUGCAUAUAUUCAGUAGAAAGAACAGCUCUCCUUGAAUUAUUAUUGGAUACAGCUCAAACAUUUGAUAAUGUUAAAAUAUAUUUUGAGCAUCAAUUGAAAAGUUGUGAUUUUGAUAAUGGUUCACUUCAAUUUAAAAUUAGGCAAGAAAUGAAUUUUAAAUACAAUGCUGAUUUGAUAAUAGGAGCUGAUGGUGCUCAUUCUAUUGUUAGAAAUCAAUUAAUGCGUGUUGUCAGGUAUGGACUAGAAGAAGAAUAUGCAAUUGAUCCGAAUUAUUUACAUAUUUGGCCAAGACAUUCAUUUAUGAUGAUAGCUUUACCAAAUAAGAAUCGUGUUGUAAUAUUAGGUGAUGCAGCUCAUAGUAUGGUUCCUUUUUUUGGGCAAGGUAUGAAUUGUGGAUUCCAAGAUGUUGAAGCACUUGAUAAGAUUUUUGAACAAUACAAGAUUUCGCCUUUUAGAAACAACAACAAUGUUGAUGACGAUAAUAAAAUUGCAAAGGCUUUAGAAAUUUAUACUACACUUCGUCAUCCUGAUGCGAUAGCCAUAUGUGAUUUAGCAAUGUAUAAUUAUAUUGAAAUGAGAAGUAAUGUUAUAAAUCCUUGGUUUUUGAUAAGAAGAAAAUUAGAAAAUUACAUGCAUCGAUUAUUUCCUCAAAGAUUUUUGCCAUUGUAUCAGAUGGUCACAUUUUCAACUAUGAGAUAUUCUGAAGCAAUAAAAAAAUGGAAAAAUCAAAAUUUUUGGCUUAAUACUGCAGGAAUAAAUUUGAUGAUAAUUUUUUUGAUAUUAUUAUUAAAACAAUAUAGGUUCAGAAAGGGAGCUCAGAAAAAAGAACCCCUUGUUUACAAUUACAGGCCACGUGCAAGUACACCUAUUACAUUAUAUAAUAGAACACAUGCAUCUUUUCAAACAAGUUGUCACCAAAUUGAAAUUAUGAAAGAUGACUGUGGAUCGGUCAUAGAGUCAGUUGAAUUGAUGGCGAAAGUUUUCAAAUAUGAAAAUGAAAGACAUCUAAUUAUCUUAAUGAACCUGUUGAUACCGCUUCCUGCCAACCAUCAAGAAGCUGAUAUAGGCUCUGUUGUUAUCAUUGUACUCUUUGUUGGAGAAAUAAAAAAUGAGAUUGGGGAAGGGAAUUGA